UUCGGUAAAUUCUGCCUCAUAUCCUUUGACACUAUAAUGGGUAAGAGCAGAAUUCCACCCCACCAGUCCCCCUGUUGAUUCAGUCGGCUUCCUUCUAUUCUUUGACAGGAAGUGCUCAGACUAAUCCACUCACACAAGCACAUAUCUCCUCUCCUGUUUUUGUCUGGUCACGGAAUGGACAGAGCUGAAGGGCACUGAGGGGGAACGAGUAGAAGAAAUCAUGACGACCUUAAGGAUCUUGACGCUUUUGUGGCUACUUGAGGGCAUUCUUCCACACGAUGAGUCAAAAGAAUUAGAAUUGGCCAAUACAACUCUGCCAGACUUCAGUUCCUUGAAUCAGACUUACGGAGAACAGCCCUCGACUGCAUCUCUUAGCCAGUCUGGUGGAAAGUUAAACUCAUCUCCAACGGUAAAUGUUUAUGGUGCACUGGUGACUUCUGCAACAAGACUUCAGAUUACAAACACAGAAGAUGUUCUUGUGAGCCCUACCCCGACGGAAGAUAAAUCCGCACUCUCUGCGGCAGCAGCUGGUGUCACCAGUUUCAUUGUCAUUCUAGUGGUGGUUGUGAUCAUCCUGGUCAGUGUCGUCAGCCUGAAAUUCAGAUGUCACCACUGCAAAGAUGUGGAAGAUAAACAGAAGCCUCAACAGCUGGCAGUAUCUUACAGCUGCCCUGAUGCUGCAGAUCCUGCUGCUGACAAAACAAACAUCAUGCUGGUCUCCAUGAAGAACUUAAACACAAACAACAGCAAGGGUAUUAUGAAGACAAUAGUUACAUGUGAGGAACAAUAAGGAAUUCAUAAAGAAUUUGAAGUGUUUUUUAAUCAUACGGGGAGUGCAGGAAAGUACUUUGUUUAUGAAAGGCUAG